AUCUCACAUCUGUUUCCGUUUCACACCCUGGCUGCCUUUGCUUGUGUGUGUCUGUUUGAGAACAAAUGUGUGUGUGUGGGCUUUGUGUGCUGGAAAACCAUCUUGGCAGACCAGAAUCUAUGUUCCCAGAGAGAUGCAGGUGACCAGGAAGUGCAUGAUGGGAAAGACUUACUAUGGAGAAGGAACAUGGGCCUUUAGCUGCCUCACUGGCUUAUGUAAGCAGGACGAUCUAGUACACAGACGCCCAGAGACAUUCCAUCGGACAGAAAGGGUCUGAAGAAAAUUAAAGGAAGGGAGGAGUUGACAACAGAUGAAUCAGUCACAGAAAUACAGGGAAGCACACUGGACGCAAUGAGGGAGGAGAGCGAAGGAAUUUUACGGUUUCGACUUUCUCUCGAUGAACACUGACAAGUCCAUUUAAAGCCUGCCGUGCUCAGGGGAGAGAGUCCCCUGAUAUGAACCCCAAGUCCUUGGGAUCUGGAAGGCAAACACGCGCUUAUGCCAGGGCCUGAGUGGGUUUUCCACCAUGUCAUGGUAGCAUUGUACGCCAAAACAUCAACCGUUUAAAAAAAUUGUAAACUGUAGACUUGGACAAUGCAUGUUGUGUAACACCAAUCUGAAACUGGUUUCCAGUAAAAGCUUCCUCUAGCAUCAGCUCCUCUGUAUCACCAUAUAUUUUUACAUUGCAUACAUUUACCGUCCACUCUCCCAAUUCCUGGGAUUACCAGCUCAAGUCCAGGUGCAGUUGACCAUGGGGUGCCGGCAGAGUUCAGAGGAGAAGGAGGCCGCCCGGCGCUCACGUCACAUUGAUCGACGCCUGCGCUCAGAAAGCCAGCGGCAGCGGCGUGAGAUCAAACUUCUGCUGCUCGGAACCAGCAACUCUGGCAAGAGCACCAUCGUGAAGCAGAUGAAGAUCAUCCAUAGUGGAGGCUUCAACCUGGAGGCCUGCAAGGAAUACAAGCCCCUUAUCCUCUACAACGCCAUUGACUCGCUCACCCGCAUCAUUCGUGCCCUUGCCACCUUGAAGAUCGACUUCCACAACCCCGAUCGGGCUUACGACGCAGUGCAACUAUUUGCCCUCACCGGACCUGCCGAGAGCAAGGGUGAGAUCACGCCAGAGCUCCUGGGGGUGAUGAAGCGCUUGUGGGCUGAUCCAGGGGUCCAGGAGUGCUUUUGCCGUUCCAACGAGUACCACCUAGAGGACAAUACAUCCUAUUAUCUAAACGACCUGGAGCGCAUUUCUGCGCCCGAGUACAUCCCAACCGUCGAGGACAUUCUGCGCUCACGUGACAUGACCACUGGCAUUGUUGAGAACAAAUUUACCUUCAAGGAGCUCACCUUCAAAAUGGUGGACGUGGGCGGCCAGCGUUCAGAAAGGAAGAAGUGGAUCCACUGUUUUGAGGGUGUGACUGCCAUUAUAUUCUGUGUGGAGCUCAGUGGCUAUGACCUCAAGCUUUAUGAAGACAACCAGACGAGCCGUAUGGCGGAGAGCCUGCGUUUGUUCGAUUCCAUCUGCAACAACAACUGGUUCACCAAUACCUCGCUCAUCCUCUUCCUCAACAAGAAGGACCUGCUGGCCGAGAAGAUCAAGCGUAUUCCGCUGACGGUCUGCUUCGCUGACUACAAGGGGCAAAACACCUACGAGGAGGCGGCCGUGUACGUGCAAAGGCAGUUUGAGGACCUCAACCGCAACAAGGAGACCAAGGAAAUCUACUCGCACUUCACUUGCGCCACUGACACCAGCAACAUCCAGUUUGUGUUUGACGCGGUGACGGACGUGAUCAUCCAAAACAAUCUCAAGUACAUUGGGCUGUGCUAGGACGAGGGGACGGGGAGAGGGGUGGCGGGCGAGGCAUACGGAAAAAAGCCCGCCUGUCGAUCGAUCUGAGUGCCCUCAAAAACGCUUGUUGAAACAGGAAACUCAGAUGAGGCCCAGAGGAAAGGGCUCCAUGCUGCCAUCCUGCUAGAUUUAUCAAUGUCAAAAGCGUAAAGGGCAAAGGGGAUUUUACAAGGUUGGUAUAAAUGUGUUUGCACUGAACAUAUGAGUAUGUAGACACAGAUACACAUAGACCAUUGAUACGUUUAUUCACACACAACGGACUUCAGGAUCAGCCGUCAAGCACAUGUUUGACAUGGAAACACUGGAAACAGAUCUCCCUGCUCCUCUCUUCCCUGACAAACAGCAGGAAUUCCUUAAUGUUCAUGAAAGGGAUAGUUCACCCGAAAAUGUGUUCAUUUGCUCAUGUCAUUCCAAACCCACAUGACUUUCUUUCUUCUGUGGAACAUAAAAGGAGAUGUUUAGCAGAAUGUUCAUGCUGCUCAUCUACAUGCAUUUAAAAUUACAAAAAAAAAAAAAUAAAUAAAAAAAAACAGCAGAAAAGUAACUUAUCCUUUUACAUGUCUACUUACUAUUAAGGAAUAUGUUUUAAAGCCAUAUGUUAAUAAUUCAAAUUAGGUGAAUCACAGCUGGUAAAGUUACACAUAUUAUAGUUGAACCACAACGAUGAUUAAAACAAUGUUGUUUAAAGUUAAACUUUUCAUUUGACAUUAUUACAGAAUGCACAUUUUAAAAGUGUUCUAAACUGUGUUAAGAAAUACAGUCAUGAAAGUCGACCCUCUUUAAGAACACUUAAGGGGCCUUUUAUUUCAUUAGUAUUAUAUUAUACAAGUACUGUAUAGUUUUUAAAUAUACUGUAUAUACACUUUUAAAAUUUAAGUGCACAUUCAAAACAAUUAGGUGCACUCUUUUCUUAAGGGAAGAAAAGAAUGAGUCUUUGGGUCUGUCCCAAAUAACCACACUCAUGGUCUUAGCCACUGGAGAGUGUAUACACUGUGCAUGUAACAGGAAGUAAGUGCGCGAGACCAGUGCACAGAAUCCCCACUUCCUCUUAUAUCACUUCAGAGCAGUAUUUGAGGUGUAUCCCAUCAUUCAUCAUGACUUGCAAAGGGUGCAGAACAUUCCCAGAAACUUUCCAGAAAUGCUGAAAACUUUAGAAAAAUGUUGGACAUUUUUGGAAAGUUUCCACCCCUUUGCAAUCCUAUCAUUAAUUCACAAAAUUUACAAACAAGCAUAAAAAAAUUAAAAAAUAAAAACAUCUUGGCAAAAGAGUCAAACCCAAUGUCUCUGUGGGAUUCUUGUCCCUCGGAUUCCUCUAUUCAUACAAAUUAACUCUGUCACUCAACAAUAUUAUUAAGUCUUAAACAUUAUAUGAAGUAUUAAAGCAAUUUGUGCAUAACAAUUGGUCAACACAAGUCAAGUCUGCAUUCAUAAUCUUGAAUAUGAAUGAGAUUUGUGAGAUUUUUGGUGAAUAAUAACUUCAAUUUGAGUGGGUUUCUUUUCAUGCACAUCUAUCGUAUGAUUUCAUGAAAUUUGGAAUAUAGAUUAUAUGAACUGCUACUAUGGUACUUUUUUUGCAUUUCUGGCACUUAACAGCCCUUGGUCGCCAUGCAAUGUCAUUAAGUGGAAAAGAGCAGCAUGAUCAUUCUGCUAAACAUCUCUUUUUGCAUUCCACAGAAGAAAUGAAGUCAUACAGCUUUAAAGUGACCUGAGGGUGAGAAGAUGAUAAAAUUGUAAUCUAGGUGAACUGUUCCUUUAAGUUUUGUCCUUCUUUAUAGGGUCUUUGAUUUGCCUGAUUUAAGUAACGCUGCUUUCAGAGAUGUUAUGAAGAGUUUAUGAAAAUAUAAUUGUAUAUGAGAGAAAAUAAUCCUGAGAGAAAGAAAAACAACAACAAAAAAUUAUGAUGUCAUUUGAUUUUGCUCCAAAGGUGAAAACUGCCGCUGUCUGAAUAUGGAGUCAAAUGGCUUUUUAACUCACAUUCACACUGUAGUUUAUUUUUGGCUGUCUGACCCCUAGGAAUCAAUCUGUUUUCUUGUUUCUUUUUAUUCUGUUUUCCCAUUGCCUAAAAUAGGAUGUAAUCCAGAGUUUUUAGAGCAAGCAUCCUUCUUUCCAUGAGAGCGUUACACUGACGUGAACAUUAAAUGUUUCAUAACGUUCAUUCCAGAUUCAGAGAAAAAUAAACAGUGCCAAUAUCAAUGUAAAUAAAAAAAGGCCCGUCAAUCAUGUCACUUUUUCAUUUUUUUUUUUUUAUGGACAAAAAAAGUAUACAUAUAUUGUAACAUUAAAUAUGCAUGAAUUUGUUACUUUGGGUUUUUGAUAAAUUAUAGUUUGAUUUGCUUUCUUAUAUAUUUAGUUUUACUAACAUGCUCCAAAAUAUAUCAAAGUCAAACACUGUGUAAGAUUGUACAGUUGUUUCCUGCGAGGUAUUUAUUGAAAAGAGUUUUAUGUGCAGAAAGAGUCAUUUUACGUCCAGUGCAACCUAAACUCUGCAUAAAAACAUGAAAAGAGGAUUUACUCCUCAGAUUGGGACUGAAUCGGAAAAAGAGAGAGAAAAGAAAAUCUAUAAAAGAGCAGAAUCUUUCUAUUCUGGUGUCAUUUUGAGUAUGUGUAAAUACUAUGUGAGGUACACUUUGUGAGACGAAAAAAAAACAAAAAAACAACUCAAUCACUUUUUAAGAUUUAAGGCUGAAGGCAGUCCUCCUUCUGUUCAGAUAUGACGAUGUACAACAAACCCAAAUAAGGGCUUCAGGAUUGAUUUUACAGGAUGUCCACCAAAAAGAUAAAACAAAUAAUAAAGUAUAAAAGAACAAUAAUAGUGAAUAAAAAUAAUUAUGCAAA